UUGCUCACUGAUUUAUUCCAUAGGUCUGAAUCAGACUCCGAAAAAUCAGAUGCGGAAUUCAGCGAUCAGCAUCUUGAUCAGCUGAUUAUCGUUACUCAGACAGCCAAGGUUACUCAUGACUUAGCUAGGAUAAUCGACGAUGGCCUUCGGCGAUACGAACAAGAUCUCUGGACGUCGCUAGAGGAAAAAUUUAUUCCCAAAAGUCCGAUUGCCAAACGGGAGACCAAAACUGGUCGCGAUCUGCCUCGCUUUUACCCGGUUGUCAAGCCACAGCGUCCUUUGGAUCCACGUAGUCCCCGAAAGCAGAAAACCCGUCAUAGUCUCAACCCUCCCGUCGAGAUGCACGUCGGCUGGGUGAUGGACGCGAACGGCCCUCAAGCAAUCCCGCAGUUUCAUCAUCCUUCAUACGCUUUGUUGCGGCAAAACGGGUUUGUGCAGCAGGUAUAUUCUGAAUGGAAGAAACGGUGUCUGAGAGAGCGCAAAUACUGCGGAUUUGGCACCAUCGAAAUGAAUACUCUCUACCGGUUUUGGUCCUUCUUCCUUCGUGAGAACUUCAACCGAACUAUGUACGAAGAAUUCAAGCGACUUGCAAACGAAGAUGCAGACAUUGAAAAUAAAGCACUCCUGGUUGAUGACAUAGAGAAAGUGAUUAGCAUCUCACCAAUAGCUCCGUGA